AUGUUCGCUUUAGAACCCGGCAAAAAGGGGUCCAUCAGCUAUACAGAAGAAGAAGAAUCAACAAUGCCGAAACCUAGUGAACCGUCCGAUGACCAGCUGGAGAAUUUCAAAAAAGGAUGCCCGAAGGCGAAAGUGAUUACGAUGUCCAAUGGGGCACCGAUUCAUGACAAGAACAAUUCUCUUACGGUUGGACCACGCGGCCCUUUGCUAAUGCAAGAUGUAGUUUUUAUGGAUGAAAUGGCUCACUUUGAUAGGGAACGUAUUCCGGAACGAGUUGUGCACGCCAAAGGAGGAGGUGCCCAUGGAUACUUCGAGGUUACCCAUGACAUUUCCAAGUAUUGCAAAGCAAGUCUUUUCAAUAAAGUUGGCAAACAUACACCGGUAUUCGUGCGAUUCUCCACCGUCGUUUGA